AUGGGAUGUCGCUUUUCGAGAACGAACAAUGCUAAUACAGAGUCUGAAUUUGAUUCCGAUUCAACCGAUACAACCGUUGGAAUUAUGAAUCGGCCAUUAUUGGAGGAUACAACCGAAUAUUUCUCCGAUUCUCAAUCUGUAUCGAUGACAAAUGUCACAAAAGUAUCGAAUUCGAUUGCAGUACUGGAUGAGAGCAACACUGUUAGAGGAAUGACAACUGCUAUUAAUUGCAUUAAAAAUGCUUAUUCAAUGGUACGAUGUGACAUGUCAUCCAUACGAUCAACUUUUUGUAAUCGAAUUACACUGAAACCAAAGAUAUCAUUAGAUCCGGAAGUUCAGGAAUCGAAUAUCACUUAUAUCAACAAACCAAUAAAGCAAGUUGAGAGCACUAGUCAAAUUGAUUUUUUUCGAAUGCUCGAUGAAAAAAUUGCUCAGGGUUUCGAUGAUUUAAUCGAUUCUGAUACUGACGAAUGA